AUGACCGACCCUUACUCUUCAAAUCUAUACUCGCAGUACUUCAGAUUCGAUCAAUUCUGCAACAAUUCCGCUACAAAUCUUCCGCAUCAUAUUCAGUAUAACCUUCACGAACAACACCCUCAAAGCUACCACUACAACAGUGUCCAAUCUUCUUCAUAUUCUAACACGAGAAUUACUAACAGUUUCUACUUCAAUCCAUCGACUUCUGUCCCUUAUCAGCAUCCAACCCCUCCUCCUUCUCCUCCUCUCAGAGAAGCUCUCCCUCUUUUGAGCUGGAGCCCAUCAAGAAAACAUGAAGAUUAUCAUCAACCUUCUUGCAGUAGUACAACUAAUCAAGAUAUGGAUAUGGAGGCCGUUGAUGGUGGUGAUGAGGAAGAUGAUGAAACAGCUGUAACUGUUGCACUGCAUAUAGGGCUUCCUAACGCAAGUGCUGCUGAUCUUGCAUCUUUAAUCUCAAAUUCAUCAAAUUCUUCUUCUACAACUUCUGAGAUAAGGUUUCCUUAUAGCAUCAAUGAUAAGACUAAAGAGGGAGAUGGAGAUGAAGGUAAUCUUGGGUAUAACCCUAUCAGCAGACUCAACAAGGGUCAGUACUGGAUACCAACACCCUCCCAGAUCCUUAUUGGCCCUACACAGUUCUCCUGUCCUGUUUGCUUCAAAACCUUCAAUAGAUACAACAACAUGCAGGUUGUUACCUAA